UGAUGGCGACUAGAAGCAGGAGCAAAUCGUCAGACAGAAGUUUAAAAGCAACAAUCAUGGAAACGGAUGACGUUAGCAGAGAAUAUAUUGAUGGAAAUUCGAAUUCGAAUGAUUCAAAAGAUGAUAAUUGGAGCCAAACUGUAGCAAAAGAGUUAAAAUCCCUUUCCUUUGCAAAUCCAGGAAAAUUUAUGGAUAAUUUUGAUCCAGAGAGAAGUGCAAGGGAAAUGAGGAAAAUGAACAGAAGAAUUUACAGAGAAAAUAUAAAAAAGAACCAAGUAUAUGAUGAAUUAGGAUUAUAUCUUGAAAACAGUAAUGACAUUUGUGACUGUUUAAGUAUGAAUUGCCCAGGAUGCCAUUUUCCAUGUACUAAAUGUGGAUCAGAAAAAUGUGGACAAGAAUGUCGAUGUUGUAGACGCUACAUCUUUGAAUCAAUAGAAAUUGAAGGUACAAAAACAGUUGUUCAAUUUCCUGAAGAAAUAACUCCCUCCUUCACAUGACAGGACAUGUUCAAAUUUAUUCUCAACUUUGAGUGUUAUUGGAGAGAACGAAUAUCGAGCAGAAGACAUGAGAAUGUAUAGAAUUUGGUGAUGAAUAGUAUCAAAAUAAAAUGCAUUUAAGGAAAGAAAAGGACAACUGUGUUCCUCCGCUUCUGAUGAGUUCAGAAAGCUGUAGUAGCAAGAUGAACAAUGUUUUACAUAUUAACUGUAAUAAAAGUCUGUAAAGUA